AUGGGUGGGCGCCCAGGCUGUUCGCCGAUCGCCAGCGUCCAGCGACUCGAUGCGGGCGGGCGCCUCUACAAUCAGCCACGGGGCAACCCCUGCAUCCCUGCAAAGCGCGCCAGACCCCCCCCGUUCGGGUGGGGGCGUGAGCUCGACUGCCGAGACGGGCCGGCGGCCAAACCGGGGGGCAUCCUUGACGCGUCGGACGGGAAUUGGGUGGACGCCCAGGUCUCGUCGCCCCGCCCGGCGCCCGACCUGGACACGCUGCUUGUCGAGGUGCGCGCGAGCGAGGAGGCCCUGCUCGGCUACCGGCAGGGCGCGGAGGGCCUCGAGCUCGUAGUGCGGGCGCCGCUGAUGCUGGCCGCGGCCGCCCAGGUGCCGCACGCCCCCAACGUGGUGUGCGUGACGCUGCCGACGGCCGAG